ACACAGUCAUCGCGUUUCUUACAUGCAUGGUAAUCUAAUAAACGACCGGUUUUGGUUUUUUUCUUGGAUGUUUUUACAUCCGGCGGUCCGGGGAAUGUCUCCACACCUCGCCUUUAACUUACGCAUCAGCCAAAAAGACAAAACUGAAAUUACCCUGCUUAAUUUUAGGGCAUUAUAGUUAAUCUACUCAUGGCGUUACGCACCUCCAGGCUCCGUUAUCGUGUACCUUAAAACCUUUUGAUAUACAAAAAUUUAAUUUAACUUUAGAUAUACAAAAUAAUUGUUACAAAAUACUUAUUGGUUCGAUAUGGCCGCAUGUGCCCUCAUCCGGUUAGGGUUACAUGUGCCAGCGCGAAUCCGCCGAUUCAAAAAGUUUGACAUCCGGUCACUUGAACAACAGCUUGGCUUUUCCGGUGAAUUCACCGAUAACUGCGGCCGAGGGCGGGAGUAUGGCGUUAUUAUGAUCUGGCCACUUGUGCGAGUCAGCGAUCGUUUCGCUUUGACGCUUUCCGUAUCAGACAAAUUAUUAUCUCAAAAUAUAUAAGUAAACUCAAAAUAUAUCUUCCUUUUGGCCUUUGGAAAGAAUAAGAUUAAGGUUUUUCUGGUAAUUUAUUCGCGAUGGAAACGGACGACCCCAUCACUGAAAACUUGGUUACGAACCAAGGAGAACCAGCAUCGUCUGAGGAUGUCUCUUCUGAGUCUGGUGCACAAGAUACUUCAUCAAAAAAUGUUGAUUCUGGAGAACCGGCGGAACCCGCAGCGAAGAAAGUGAAACUGGAUGUUGUGGUUCCUGAGGAUUAUCAAGAAGAUGACGAAGAAUUUCCAGCUGACUGGAAAGAGACCGCAAAUGAAGAAGAGGAAGAGGAGGAGGAAGAAGGUUUCAACAUUUCCUUAGACGAAGUCAAACCGAGGAUUGAUUAUCGCAAAGCGCUUCUUAAUAAGAAAAAUAUCGACUUCAACGAUGUUCCGGAGAUUAACGGGGUUCCCGUCACGGAAUUCAACAUCGAUACACUUGAGGACAAGCCGUGGAAAAAGCCUGGAGUGGACAUUUCGGACUACUUCAAUUAUGGCUUUAAUGAGGAUUCUUGGAGGUUGUACUGUGAUAAACAACGCCGCAUGCGUAGUGAAGCCCAAACUGCUGAGGCUGCCGUUUCGAUAUCCACCGUGGGGAAAAACGACAACAGCAAAUAUAUUCCUGGAAGCAACCGAAUGAAUAUGCCUGGAGACCAGUCCGCUCCUGGUCAGCCAUUCCGUGCACAAUUUAGGCGCCGGCAGCCGGAUGGACAGGGUCAUAAUCCCAUUCAAGUGCUGAACGAUCGUAAACCGGAAGGAGGACCGAUGAUGGGAAUCCUACCGGGAGGAGGAAUGCCCUUUCCGGUACCUAAUCCCGGCAUGAUGGGAGCUCAAGUGGGCAUGGGUUCAUCAAUGAUGAUGAGGCCACUGAAUGAUUUGCCACCGCAGCAACGUAAUUUUCCCCAGAACCCUUCUUUUGCUAGUGGUGGAAGAAGGCAGCUGACCACUAUUAAUCUCACAGCCCCGGCAUCUGACAACAAAGAAUCAUCCUCCUGACCUGACUGAACCUUUAGCCAUUCGUAUCUGUUGGCUACAUCCAGGAAAGCAUCUGACUUUUUACAGCGCAUGCUGUGCACAUUUAUAUUGAUUUUUAUACGAUGCUACUUUUGAGAUGUCAUUCGUUAGACUGGAUUUUAGUUGUGGUGGAUUGUUCGAGCUACAUGGUUUGGCUUCGACUUAUCUUUCCAGUCGACUUUUCUGCCCACAAUCGAUGUAAAAACUUUGUCAUAGCGUUUUCCCAAGCAUUCCGUGGCGUCCGCAUUUAAUUUAAAUUAGAACAUUUUUAAUCUUUAUUGGGAGUUCGCCUCUUCCCACAAAGCGGUAUCAAAGACAUGCGAAAAGAAUGAUUUUUAAGAGCCAAGCAAACA